CCUAGCGCAUGGGUUGAGGCGCAGGACGCAAGCCCCAGGCAGCUCACACCUCAGCGUGCAGCAGUGUCUACUUCCUCCACCCCAAGACGAUGUACAGUGUCUCUCGCUACUUCUGCUGCGCCGUACCGCAGCCAUAGAGUGCGCCCCCAAGCAAUGCGGCGGUCAUGGACAAGAAGGCGCUCUUCUUUCCGUGCGGCCUUAUACUAGCAAGCAGCUACCUGUCUACUGCGACGCCCAUAGAGUACUCCUUCGCCCUCGACAAGCCCCUACACACCACCUGCGUUGUGCUGCUACUUACCGGCCUGCUCGUUGUCGCAGUUGAAGCCUGGCCCGGCCGACCGCACCAGCCACAGCUGCCCGCGCGAUAUGUUGCAAUACCUCUCAACGACGCCCACAGCAGACACCACCCCGAGCAACAAUGGAACGAGGCAGGGCUUGUCGGUCGCAGGAAGUCGUCGAGUGUCAGGGCAGUCGGCGCACUCCUCGCUGUGCUGCUGUUCGCAAUCUGCGGCCGCAUUGGUGUCUUCUACCGUGUGACAAAAGACGUCGAGUGCAGCGGCCCUUCGGCUGUGACAUUCCUCCCUGUCGUCCUCGCGCUCUACCACAGCAUCCGGCGCCCUUCUCAACCCCAGUACCCCGCCUGGAGCGCUGACUCACGACCAAAGACGCUGCUCGAGCGGGUAUUAACCUUCACCUAUGGCGACGCCACACGCUAUAUCGUCCCUUCUAUUCUGCUUUCCAUAAGCAGCUUCCUCGUCCUGAUCAAGACUAGCGCGCUGCGAUCAACCUACAUUUGCCCUGUCUCGAACUCGUCCGCGGCCCUCAUACCUACCCUUCAGUUUGUGGGGUUUGUGCUGGACACCGUCAUUGUUCAGUUGCUGUACCGUCUGGUCGAUGAUGGAAUUUCCCCAGUCGACGACUGGUCUAUCCGGCUUGAGGAUGGUACAUCGAACAAUUUCUUGAUUGGCUUGACCUUCAUUGCUUCAUCGUUAGUUCUUGUUGUUACUGGCAUUGUUGUAUACCCUGCCAUGCCGGAGCAUCGCGAGUGGAUGCUCUCGUUGCCAUCCGAGUAUCUUUUUGGUUUGUUGCGUUUGUCGUUGAUGAUACCCUUUAUGACAUUUUGUUUUCUCAAAUCGGCACGGUUAUACGGCGUUAUGAGCGCGGUGCUCACUGUUGCAUUUUCUUCUGCAUACAUCGGCGUUCUUCGAGCACUUGGGACCGGCGCGUCCCACGCAUUUCCACCAAAGUCUACCGUCAGCCUUGUGCUUUGCUUGACUUUGCUUACCAUUGCGCUUAUAUUGCAUCUGGUCACAGAUACCAACAUUGAAUCCCGCAUACGCCUCACCGUGCCGGUCCGGCUGGGCAGGAACCAGUCGGCAACUUUGGUUCUCCUGCUUAUAAGUUUCUCAGUUGGCGUUGUUGUCUACCGUCGACAAGAACCCAUCCUUGAACACCCCAUCAAAACUCUGAUCGAGCAAGCAAGUAUCCAGCACGAACAAUGGGCGUCGCAAGCGCAUCGUAGCCAGUCACUUGCUCAGGCCAUUGUGAACUAUCAGCAGCGCUACAAACGAGAUCCACCGCCGAACUUCGACCAGUGGUACCAAUUUGCCGUCGCACGGAACUCCAUCGUAAUCGAUGAUUACGAUAGCAUUGAAGAGGACCUCGCUCUGUACUCUUCGUACACCCCGGACGAUCUGCGAUUGCGUACAGCUACUGUGUUGGCUACGCAUCGAGAAGUGGGUGGUAUACGCAUCCGUGGUGGGUCCGCGGAGGUACUCGGUGCUAUACCUGAGCAACACCAAUGGGUCCUUGAUGGCGCCACCAGCAUGAUCAAGCACUUCACAGAGUUCCUUCCCGACAUGGAUCUUGCCUUCAACUUAGGCAGCGAGCCCCGUGUUGCAGUACCCUUCGAUCGCCUACAAAACGCCCUGCGCAAUCCGCAACGAUACCCCAGUCCCGAUCCGUCUCGCGCCCGACUUGACUUUAGUGUUGACCGUGCAGAUAGAUGGCCCAACGUCGACAACAUACGAAACGAUCCAAACUUUUUCGAAAAUGCUCAGUUCAAGCCCUCUUUCCAGACGCAUGGUUCCGUGGCUUGUUCUUCCGAAUCUCGCGCGCGCAAAGAGCGUCAUUGGAACACGAAGAUAUUCUGCCACACUUGUAGUACACCACACUCUAUGGGCGCUUUCGUGUCAAAUUGGAGCAUGGCUGCGGAUUUGUGCCACCAACCGGACAUCGCAAACCUUCACGGCGUCUAUCUCAGUCCGGCAAAUCUUACAGCCACCCACGGCAUUGUUCCAAUCUUCAGCCAGAGUCGCGCCGCCGGAUUCGUUGAUAUUCGGUACCCUUCACCGUGGAACUAUCUAGGAAAGUCGAAGUACGAUUUCGACGAAAAGUAUCCUGAUCCUCCUUUCCAACAGAAGGAGGAUAUCCUCUUCUGGCGCGGUCCUGCAGAAGAAGGUAUAAGCACAGCUGGAACCUGGAAGGGCAUGCUUCGCCAACGUCUCGUGCACUACUUAAACUUCAACACGACUGCCAGGUUGCCUAUGUUCCUUCCUAAGGGCGACCACACCGACAAGCUCGAGUAUAUCAUGAAGCGUAGGUCCGACGUCAAGAAUAUGCUGGAAACGAAGAUCGACGCUCAAUUCACCGAGCUCAAGCACUGUACUGGCCAAGAUUGCAUCGAUCAGUCUCGCGAGUUCAAGGCUGUCGACGAUAUCGACAUCAGACAACAUUGGCGCUACAGGUAUCUCUUCGACGCUGAUGGCGCUGGCUUCUCGCGUCACUUUCUCCCUUUUCUGCAAACGAACUCUGUCGUUCUCAAAUCUGGCAUAUUCCGUGAAUGGUAUGACGAUCGCCUGGUUGCUUGGAAGCACUUUGUGCCAGUCGAUCUGAGACUUCACGAUCUCUUCUCUAUUGUCGCCUACUUCGGCGGCUAUGGCGUUGAAGAAAGGAGUAAGAGAAUGAUGGAAGGGAGGCCGAAGGAAGCUGAAGCCAUCGCGCGCCAGGGCAAGGUCUGGACAGAAAAGGUCUUGAGGAAGGAGGACAUGGAAGUCUACAUGUUCCGGCUGCUGCUUGAGUGGGGACGCUUGACCGACGACAAGAGGACGGAGAUCGGUUUCAGGAUGAGUAGGUAGUGGUGAGACAUAGAUGAGUUACAUCGUGCCGUUAGCGUAGCAUUGCGUGGUCUACUUGGAAAUGGCAACAUUAUCGUCUCUUUCUGCACACGGUCGGGCUACGGAGUAUCAGUAGUGUUGCGAUUCUCUGUAACAAUCUUCGUAACGCAGCAACAUACAUGCCAAUAAGUAUAUAAUCGUUCUUCCUGCAGAUCAUCACUACCAGAUCUAUAAUUCUUUCCUCGUCACAUAUCACUACAUGUCCCUGUGG